GGUCCCUCCGGCAGGCGCUGACCCAGGCUGGUCAGUUGUUGAGCGAGAAUCAGGCAGGGCUGGUGAAGGGGCAUCUUCUCUCGGAGGGGCUUAAGAAAGAAGACUGAAAUGUCGUCAUUGAUCAGAAAGGUGAUCAGCACCGCGAAAGCCCCAGGGGCCAUUGGUCCCUACAGUCAAGCAGUGUUAGUGGACAAGACCGUUUACAUCUCUGGACAGAUAGGCAUGGACCCUUCCAGUGGACAGCUUGUACYUGGAGGGAUAGCAGCAGAAACUAAACAAGCUCUUACAAACAUGGGUGAAAUUCUGAAAGCUGCAGGCUGUGAUUUCACUAAUGUGGUCAAAGCAACUGUUUUGCUGGCUGACAUGAAUGACUUCAAUACUGUCAAUGAAAUCUACAAACAGUAUUUCAAGAGUAAUUUUCCUGCUAGAGCUGCUUACCAGGUUGCUGCUUUACCCAAAGGAGCACGCAUUGAGAUUGAAGCAGUGGCUGUCCAGGGACCUCUCACAACAGCAGGUCUAUAAGUGGGCAGUGUUAUUCUCAUCAUGUCUUUAAAUUAACAUUUUGAUUCUUACAAUUGAUGUUGAAAGUGUACAUGUGACUAAAAUAUCUGUAGUUAUCAUGGAAAUACCAUAUCAUAGAGGGAGUUGACAUGAAUUGAAUAUUAGAUAAUGAAUCCAGUUACUGAUGCUACAUAAAGAGCCCAAUUCAAUUACAUUCUAUUUAAUUAAAUGAUAUGAAGUAUUUAGUUCUCAUGUUAGAUAUGUGAUUCUGGUUUUACUUAAGUAAAAUAUUCACUCUUGAGUUGUAGAAGUAAAGGAGAAGAAAAUGGACCAAAAUUUUAUAUAGACAAUAUUUUUCUAAUGGAAAUAAAAUACAU